CCGUCGGUUCAGGGGGUGAGAACAGGUUCUCACGAACACGCAUACACGCAUCACACGGACGCGAUAACGUCGUCGAUCGCGUAUGCACGGGAGCGUGCUUGCACAAACACGAAAGAUCAUUAGAAUCUUUGUAACCUUGGUUACGGUCAGCCGCAAACCGGACCGGACAUUGCGAGUGCGAAAUGUAAGUGAAGCUCAAACGCCAACCGUAAACGAUUUUGGGCAGCAAAUAGACCGGACAGACCAGAUGAUUCGAAAGCGAAGAAAGUGGCCCGCGGCGGGAUUGCUUUGUGUGUUCGUGCUGGUGACAGCAUCGUGCGCAGCAUCUGCGGCAUCGUUUACACGCGAUCGUCGAAAAGUGUGCAACUACUACGAGUGGAAAUGUAGCAGCGGGCAGUGCAUCGAGUCACAUCAACAGUGUGAUGGGGUGAUCGACUGCAAGGACGGAUCGGACGAAACGUCCAAAAGCUGUGCGUUCAUUCGGUGUCCCAGCUACGCUUUUCGCUGCCAGUACGGGGCGUGUGUCGAUGGGAAUGCACUGUGCAAUGGGGUACGCGAGUGUGCCGACCAUUCCGACGAACAUGCCCACUGUCCUGGGAACAGCGGGAUGAUAUUGGCCACACACGGCAACUGCUCCAAUACCGAGUUUGCGUGCCACUCGAGCGAAUGUAUACCGGCCGAUCAGGUGUGCGACGGGCAGGAGGAUUGUCCGGACGGUACGGACGAAACGCAGCAACUGUGCAGCCUUGUGUUUUGUCCAUCGUUUUCAUUCCGCUGCAGUUACGGUGCCUGUAUCGGCGGGUACUCCAAGUGUGAUGGUGUGAUCGACUGUCGGGAUGGUUCGGACGAGGAUGAGCUGCUGUGUGGAAAGCCAUUCCCUUCUACGACACCACGCCUAACGACGGUGAUGACCUCAACGACGACCACAACUUCAACCACUACGCCAGCACCAGUAACCGGUCCUCCGGGGUCGUGUCUGGUCCCGGCAGCUCCAACGAAUGGACGCAUCGUGCUGGACGAAAGUGCUCAAAACGUCCUGAUAAAGGCGGGCGAGUUUAUCGAGAACUAUAACUCCGUGUACGUUGCGUGCGGCGAUAAGUACACGCUUAAGGGAGCGGCCACCAUUGUCUGUCUCGAUGGUGAAUGGUUGGAACCGUUUCCGGUUUGCGAGAAGUACUGUUCCGAAAUCCCAAUCAACGGAAUCACGAUCGAACCGUUCUGUGAGUACCAGCGACGCCAGAUUACCUGCAAGCGGCCACUGCCACCGACCACGCGAGUACGCAUCGGUUGUCGGGUCGGCUACCAGAAACCGCUCGAACCCGUCAACGAAACGCUCACCUGUGUCGACGGCUCGUGGGACAGUGCGGUGUUUCGCUGUGAACCGGUGUGCGGUACGCCAACACCCGACGCCGAAGCGUACAUUAUCGGCGGCCGUAAUGUGUCCAUCGCCGAGGUUCCCUGGCAUAUGGCGAUCUACAAAAAUCUGAACGAAGACACACUGUCCGAACUACGGUCGUCCGACUGGCAGUACGUGUGCGGUGGGUCCAUCCUUACCGAGCGGCUCGUCCUGACCGCCGCCCACUGCUUCUGGGCGACGGAAGGAUUCUUCCCCAAGCGCUUCUUCCGGCUGGUGGCUGGCAAGUACAGACGGGAGAUCAGUGCGAUCGAAGCGCUACCGCCCCAGUUCUUCCAGAUUCACGAGAUACUGCAUCAGCCCCAGUAUCAGGACUUUUCCGGCUACUACAACCUGGACAUUGCGAUCGUGGUGCUGAGUGAUUUCAUCUCCUUCCGCACCUACAUCCGGCCGAUCUGUCUCGAGCGAAACCUGCGCACCGAAAGCGAGAAGCGCAUCAAACCGAACAGUGUGGGACGGGUGGCCGGGUGGGGAUUCACAACCACCACCGGCAACCUGAGCAGCGUGCUGAAGGUGAUCGACAUUUCGACGGUGGAUUAUGUCACCUGUCGCGAGUUUUCACCCAUCGCCUACCGGCCCUUCCUGACGGGCGAUAAGUUCUGUGCGGGGAAUCCAAAAACCGGGACCGGUGUGUGUCAGGGCGAUAGUGGAGGAGGGUUUGCGCUGGGGAAAGAGGUGGCGGGCGAUACCGUGUACUAUCUGUACGGGUUGGUGAGUUCUGCGCCGCGUGCAUCGGACGGUGGGUGCGAUAGCAACAAGUACGUCGCGUUCACCGAGGUACAAAACUACAUUCCUAUGAUACUGGACGCCGAGGGCCGGUAUCCCGUGAUAUAACAGAAAAAACCCAUCGUCGUCGUCUCAAGCAUUUUGGAUUCGUUGGAUCGUACUUUAUUUUGUUCCGUGUUAGAGCGCUUGCUUCACAUGCAUAGAUGUUAGGAUGUAAGGAUUGGAAUGCGAGCAAAAAACGUUCCCUUUUUGGUGUGUUUUCCUUCCUUCUCUCCUUUUCUUGGACUGGAACUGGAUUACUUGAACUUGAACUUUCCCCACGGUGGGUGGUAGCAGUAUCACCCUGUUUGCUGGCCAAAUAGGGGCCACUCCACUCCUCACAAUCUUAAAAAAACAACGAGCAGCAAAUCACCAAAAAAGCGUUCCGAAAUCAUCUUCAAACGUACACCCUCUCUGUACCCCUCUCUUGAAUAAGAUUGUUUUUAAAUAUUCCUUCAUUAAGCGCACAAUACCUAGAUGUCUCUAAACAAGCAUUUAUUUCUAUCCCUCAAUGGAUCACCCGCUGGAUUGUACCACACUGAUAGAGGAAGAGACUCGCAAACACUCACACACAUACACUCGAUUUGUCUUGAAAAGAAAGAACAGAACAAGCUCGGCAACACAGUUAAUUGUAUGAUUGAAACCCCUUAGUGCAAAAGUAAACGCUCGAUCAACGCACUCAAAACGUAA